CAAGACUUGGGCGAGUACGAAUCUCUUAAAAAUUAUUGAAGAGCGAAGAACUCAAAUUGUAAAAUCAAAUGAAAAAAUCGAUAGUAAUGAUCUUUUAACUAAAUUCUUAACCGCUAAUGAGAAAAUUAGUGAUGAUGAUAUUAGAGCUACUAUUAUGGAUCUUCUUUUAGGUGGAACUCUUACAACUGCAAGUACAUUAUCUGCCAUCGUUUAUUACUUAGGCCAUAAUCCUAAAGUACAGAAACGUAUGGUACAAGAAUUGGAUGAUGUAUUGGGAAGUGAUCGUGAUAGUAACAUCACUAUUGAUCAAGUAAUUAAACUCGAAUAUACUGACGCUAUCUUCAAAGAAGCUUCCCGUUUAUUCCCUACUAUACCAGUUAAUUUACGUACUAACGCGGAACCGAAUGAAAUUGCGGGAUACAAAUUCCCGGCCAAAACACAAUUUUUUAUUGACGUAGAAAGAAUUCAUCGAUCACCCGACUACUGGACUGAUCCUGAUACGUUCAAUCCAGAUCGAUGGUUAAAUAAAUCUGACACUAAAAUGUACAGUAGUUACUAUCAAUUUGGAGGUGGUGCACGUGAAUGCCCAGGAAAGAAGAUGGCUUUGGCUGAAGUGAAAACUUUAAUAGCUUUAUUAUACAGGAAUUAUGAUAUAGAAUUGGUGGACAAAGUUUCACCAUUUAAUUAUAAGUAUGAUCUUAUUAAGAUGGUUCAAGGACUUGAAAUUAAAAUUAAACCUAGAAAUUAAAAUUAUAAAA